AUGGCAGCCGCGGCGGACGACACCGACGACAACGCUGUCAGCGUCCAGAAGUCGGACGGGGCCGCCGCCGACUGGGCGCGGCCGUGCUCCCUCUCCAUCGAGGAGGCCCCGCUGCACGAACUGCUGCGCCGCGAGCUGCUCGGCGCCGGCUUCGUGCGCCCGAGCCCGGUGCAGCGCCACGUGUGGCCGCUGGCGACGCGCGGCUGGGACCUCAUCGCCAUCGCGAAGACGGGCAGCGGGAAAACGCUGGCUUUCUUGCUGCCAGCCUUCACCGAAGUGCUGGAGGAGGAGUUCGAGUCGGCCUCAGAUGCAGGAGGCGACAGUUCCUCCGACCUCGAGGCUGAGGACUAG